AUGAGCCUCAUCCUUGACGGUACACGUUUAUCAUUUUUUAUUUAAAGAUCUUCAGUAGAUAAAAUAAGAUGGACGCUCGCUGCAGUGGACAUAUGCUUUAUUAACUUUUUAUACUCAACGUUCUUUGCGUCCGGGAAGGGCGUACCCGUGUGGAGGCGCACACGCGACCUCAGGACCGGCAAUAUUUUACAUACAGGCCUCGGUGUGGAUCAACCAAGCAUAGAUUUCAGUCUCGAUCUUCUGAACUCUGGGCGUUGGUUACACAUGUUCCCCCAAGUGCGUAAAAUCAAUGCUAACACCACCCGUUUUUUUACCUGAAAACCAAAUGUAUUCUCACAAAACACAUUAAGUCAGCUAACUAGUGGGUGCGUCGAAACUCGUAGUACGCACACUUGUUUCCUAAAUAAGUCCCUAAAAUACGGAAUCACUCCACUUCUGCCGUCCUCCCAAGCCUAGCAAAAUAGCUGGGCUAGCCCCUGGGGCGACACCUAUCAAACCGUCCCAUUUUUCAAGCUAUAUAAAGGCUGCGCAGUUUUAUUGCUUAAUGUGGAAUGCGACAUUUGUAACAAAGUUCUUUUGAGAAAGAUCAGAUAAAUCUGCCUGUUUAACAGUAGUUUCCGGCAGGAACUAAGUCAGAAAUUUCAACAAAAUGACCCCUGGCGGCGGGAGUUGUAGCCUAGAGAUAGUUUUGCUCGUCAGACGAGGAUUUAACGCCCCGCUACUAUAAUAUGACGUUUAAGAAGCAUUCCUGGUUUAUUAGCCUAGACAUCUGCUACUAGAAGAUCAGGCCUAAUACCCAUCCUAGACCUUAUGCCAGCAGGGUAAGCAUACUUUCGUGGUAACAUUCUUUUGCUUGAUAGUUCUCAGUUUUGAAUUGUAUACUGCGUUCUGGCCGUUCGAUUUCAUGUUAGCGGAUCGACGUGCCCGCCUGUCUGUUUGGAUUUGGGUAGUCGUCAACGUUUCAGGUUCUUUGAAGUAUCAACGCACCGUUUUUAGAUCCAGUCUCUCCUAUUAAGGGUCGCGUUGUGUUGCCAAACGAACGUGAACAGGAAGCUGAAUUUCGUCUCCGUUGGGGUAUUGGCCGUCUUAUUGCGGAUUCAAAAGUGGCAAGUUGUUUGCCCUGUGUGGUGAUCUUUGUGAAUUGCUUUUUUUCAUUUGCCAUUUAUUAAAAUGGUAGCAUCUAUAGGGAACAAGCCUUUUUCCCAUUUCUAGCCUAUUACUCGUUGGUCAAUGAUAUCGCAACCCAGACUGCGUGUCUUAAGUCUUAAACUGAGCUAUCUGUUCAUCGAGCGAUGUUCUCGUUACUGCUCUACGAGCUCGUACCAUGUCGACUGAGUUGGAGAAUAUGUAGUCACACAGAAGCAGUGUGCACCAGCUUUAGAGCAAAGCAGAAGUGCCCAUUUGCGUCUUCCAAUGAGGACAGGUCAGCGUGCGCUUCAGGCAAUUAAUCAAACUCGAGGAAGAAUUAGUAAAAUGCUUCAAGCUGAAAUAUGAUAGAAGACAGCUUUGUCACGCGGAAUAAAUCAGCCUUGCACAAGGCGCUUGAACCUUGGUAAUUAAAUGCGUAAUUAUGUACUACGAGUGUGUCUCCAAGUACACCAAUGCUUUGUGCCUAAGAACGAGACUUUUAUCAGGGUGAUUACUGACGACUGGACUUGAGUAAUGUUAACAUGCGAUUACUCGUGCUCAUUUUAUGGCAAAACGUUGUCCAAACUGGAUUUGACAUAUGUAUUUCUCCGCGCUGGAUGCAGGACCCUAUCAUCUUACCGAUCUGGCACUGCAACUUUGACAGCCUCAAUCCAACAACCCCUCCAUACUUUGUGCACACGCUCUCCCGGAUCCUGGGAACCCCACAAUGUUUGACCGUCACCGUUGGACAGCCAUUUCAGCUGAACACGUUGAAAAAUAGGUUGUGCAGAUCCCUCGCUGGACGAAUCGAUGCCAGACAGCAACUCCAUGCAGGUCUGACGGCAGCCGUACAGGAUGCCCUUUACAAACUUAAAAUCCGCGCGGAAGCGGAGCAUGAGAAUCACAAAGUUCAGACCAAGCAGCGUUGA